CCAUCGGAGCAUUGCAGCUGACGAUCGGUGGGCCCGUCGAUCAAGAUUACGGCCUGCUCAAUCUUACCGACGUGAAAAGGACACCCGGAACCAUUUCUGCCGUUGUGUCGGCCCCCCCCCCUAUAUUUGUUGAUGUCUCGCAGUCUAUAAGUUGGUUGCGGGAUCCAUACACACCUCCUACUUCCGAUCUACCUCCGCCUCUAGCUCAACCUAGCUCAACUGACACAUCAUGAGCGCUCCCUCAGAUCUCCCGGCGGCCGUUUCUGCGCCAGCCGACAAUACUCCAGCUGUCAAUACCUCACAGACCACCCCUUCUGACCCGUCACCUUCGAACCCCGCGGAAGUUGAAGCUGCCCCUGAAACUACCACUCAACCCGCAGAACCCACCGAGCCAGCCAAGAAAGAUGACAGCUUCGAGUCCCAGCUGCCAUUGUCCGCCGCAGACGGUCUCAUCCAGAAGCCUUUCCCCCGCCCCCUUGACUCGGCGAAACCAACACCCCCCGCGCAGCUCACUCCCGAUCAGCAAGCGAAAUACAAGGAUGUCUUGAAGGCGGUAUUGGAAUGGACUACCGUGCCGACGACGUCGGCUAAGAAUUCCCCGACCGCUCCUAUCACCGAGGACGAGCACAUGUUCCUGACCCGGGAGUGUCUGUUGCGGUACCUGCGUGCGACAAAAUGGAAUGUCGCUGAUGCAAUUGCGCGACUCCAGCGCACGCUCACCUGGCGCCGGGAGUACGGCGUCGCGAAGCUGACAGCCGAUUACAUCUCGGUGGAGAAUGAGACAGGAAAGCAGGUCAUUCUUGGAUACGACAUCCACGGACGGCCCUGUCUGUACCUCCUGCCUUCGAACCAGAACACGGAAACAAGCGACCGUCAGAUCCAGCACCUGGUCUUCAUGCUGGAACGUGUCAUCGACCUCAUGGGCCCGGAUCAGGAGACCUUGGCGCUCAUUGUGAACUACAAGGAAACGAAAUCGGGUCAAAAUGCUAGUAUCGGUCAGGCCAAGCAAACCCUCAACUUCCUUCAGAACCAUUACCCCGAAAGAAUGGGUCGGGCCUUGGUUAUCAAUAUGCCCUUCAUGAUCCUCGGGUUCUUCAAGAUGAUCACUCCGUUCAUUGACCCACAAACCCGCCAGAAGCUCAAGUUCAACGAGGACCUGUGUCAGCAUGUGCCUGCAGGCCACCUGAUGAAAUCCAUGGGCGGCGAUGUCGAGUUCCGGUACGAUCAUUCGGUCUACUGGCCGACGUUGAACAAGCUCGCGGACCAGCGGAGGGCGGCAUACAAGGAGCGAUGGAUCCAGGGUGGUAAACGCAUUGGCGAGUUCGAAAACUAUCUGAAAACAGGAACCAGUCCGAGUCUCUCUCAGACGGAGGGGCUGUCGAACGGGGAGUCGCAGCCAACAGCAUGAAGUGUGGGCCUGCCAAAGUUCGUUGUCCAACGGCAUUGUGCGAUUUCUGGGUAAAAUCAUCUUCUUCCAUUACUUUCCGAGCGUCCUGCGAUUGCAUGACUGGCAUAUAGCGCAUAGAUACGCCUCUAUUAAUAUGUUGCAUUACUUGCCUUCGGGCUUUUCUCAUGAUUCUCCGGGUC